AUGUCUGUUGUCCAAAAAAUUAACAGUCUUGGUCCACAGGACCGUUUCAUAUCUUUUGAGUUCUUUCCUCCAAAAACUGAUACCGGGUUCCGUAACCUUUUGGCUCGGCUCCACCGUAUGCUGGCAUUGAAUCCUCUCUUCAUAACGGUAACUUGGGGAGCUGGCGGCUCCACCAGCGAAAAGUCCUUGGACUUGGCUAUCACCUGCCAGAAGGAAUUGGGCUUAACUACGGUUUUGCACUUAACUUGCACAAACACCAACAAAGAUAUCAUCGACAAUGCCCUCCAACGAGCCAAGGAAAAUGGCAUAAGAAACAUCCUUGCACUUCGUGGCGAUCCACCUAGGACAGAGGAGUACUGGACACCCGACUGUGACUUCUAUAGUGCGGUGGACUUGGUCAAAUAUAUUAAACAGCAGCAUGGUGACUACUUUUGCAUCGGAGUUGCCGGGUACCCCGAGGGCCAUGUGGAAGGAAGUGAUACUUCCAACCAAAACCCGGAGAAAGAUAUACCUUAUUUGGAAGAAAAAAUCGACGCUGGGGCAGAAUUCAUCAUUACCCAGCUUUUCUACGAUGUCGAUAAAUUCAUGCAUUAUCAAAAACUUUUGAGUCUGAGUCCAAAACUCAAGAACAUUCCUCUCAUUCCCGGUCUCAUGCCCAUAACCACAUACAAGGUGUUUACGAGGGCUUCUAAAUUAUCGCACUCUUCAAUUCCUCAUGAAAUUGAAUCACAGCUUCAAAAUACCUCUAGUGACGACAAUGCUGUCAAGUCCAUAGGUAUCCGUAUUAUCACAGACAUGGUGGACCAGAUCAAUAACCGGUCCAAUGGUGCCAUACGUGGCUAUCAUUUUUACUGUUUGAAUUUGGAAAAAGCAGUUGCUUCGGUGCUCGAUCAAUCGGCGGUUCUUCGUCCUAUAAUGGAGGCUCCUACUAACACCAUCAGCCACGACGAUGCCGUGGCAAGUGACGACGAGGACAUUGAGAUGCCACCCAAGAAGGGUAGAAGAAGAUCGUCCAUCAUCAACGAAAAUGAGGUGGCAGCGCCCGGCUUUGCAGCCGUAGGAAUGGGCCACAAAGCAUCCGCCAAUAAGGCUCUUCUCAGCGACAAGCGCACAUUAGUGGAUAUUAGUACCGGUAAGGGUGCUCUAGGAAAAGACGCAACCUGGGACGACUUUCCCAAUGGUAGAUUUGGUGACUCCAAUUCGCCUGCUUAUGGUGAAAUCGAUGGCUAUGGUCCUUCAUUAAAAAUUCACUCGCCUCAAGAAGCCAUUGCAAAAUGGGGAACUCCCGAGUCUACCAAGGACAUCUCUAAGGUUUUCCUCAAUUAUCUCUCGGGAAAGAUCAAUAUCUUGCCGUGGGUGGACGCUCCACUUUCAGCAGAAACAGCAUUGAUUCAAGAAGAACUUUUCGAGUUGAACGAUAAAGGGUGGUUUUCCUUGGCAUCUCAGCCAUCGGUAAAUGGAGCUCGCUCGUCAGAUAAGAUCUUUGGCUGGGGUCCUUCCAAUGGGUUUGUCUUCCAGAAAUCCUUUGUGGAGAUCUUCAUUCCCAAAGAAGAAUGGAGCACAAAGUUGUAUCCAAAACUCAAACACAUGAUCGAUAACCUUGAUAUCACCUAUUAUGCUGGAGACUCCAGUGGUAAAAUCCAGUCCAAUCUUCCUGUUGGACCAGAUAGCCACAACAGUAAAAAUGCAGUGACAUGGGGUGUGUUUCCACUGCAGGAAGUGCUUCAGCCCACCAUCAUAGAUAUCGAGUCUUUCAGGGCUUGGAACGAAGAAGCAUUCCACUUGUGGCUGGAAUGGGCCCGGUGUUACAAAAAGAACUCUGUAUCUUACAAUUUGUUGAAUUCCAUUAAUGGUGAUUACUACUUGGUGAGUUUGAUCUACCAUAACUUUAACGACGAGACAGGGUUGUGGCGGGCGCUUCUCGAGUAG